UUUCGUAUCCCUAUUAUCUCUUUUUUAUUUUCUUUUUCUAUUUUGAAAAAAAUUGUGUUGAUUGAAUGUGAUUUCCCACCAAGAAAAACCACUUAAUAAUAAUAUGAUGUUUACUGAAGGUCUGGAUACUAAUGCUCUGAAAUGGGUUCAACAGGGAUCAGGUGAUCCGAAAAAAGAGACACCUCAUUCCACAUCAAAACAAAGAACUCGAAUGGAUUCAAUCUCGUCAAGAAGUGGAACUCGUGGUGUUGGACUUCCUCCACCUUCGAAGUUUAAAAGCGGGCAUCUAUCUGGUGUCGUUCCACUGUCUCAGGUGUUGCCCAGAGACGACACGAACUCGACUUCAGAAGACAUGUCAACGGAUUCGGACACAGAGGUGUAUGGUGGACGAUAUUCAGUUGAUUCCUCUUCUCCUCAAGAUGAUAGUAGUAAUAGGUACCAUGAUCCUGUGCAACGGCGCCCACAGUAUCAUGUGUAUUCUAGUGAUGUGAGCUCUUCAAUUGAAAUGACCCGGGGAAGAGGGAAGCAGAAUGUUGGUGAUAGAUUGAUGAUGAAUGGAGCUAAUAGGUAUGCUGUUAGAAGCAGUGCUUAUACUGAGGAUGAAUCAGAUGAUUCUUUAGAAAGUUCCGAGUAUUCAAGUACACAAGUAGGUGCCAGCAUUGAGAAUUUGCCUCGUAAAGAUGCGUAUACGUUGGAUGGGUAUUCGUCUCACGUGUCAUCACAGGUCAUGGGAAACAUUCCUUUAAAAAAGGAUUUACAUGAUAGAAAUAUGCAAAAGAGGCAGUCAUCUAAGGAAGAUAUUCCCAGCGCACCUCCAAUUUCAGGUUCUUUUGAGGAAAUUAAGCAAGAGAAGGAGCACCCUCCCUUUUCUGAAGCUAAUAAUGCAUCAUCCCGAAUUGAUUCACAUGAAGUUGCAGCUAAUUCAAAGGCAGAAAAGAUAACUCCUGUUGUAGAUACGAAAAUAAGCAAUAAACAGGGGACCUCAGACCCAUCUAGGAGCGUUGGGGUCAAAACUGGUUCAAGUUCUUUUCCUACCCGUCUUCCAACAUUUCAUGCAAGUGCACUUGGACCUUGGCAUGGUGUCAUAGCAUAUGAUGCGUGUGUUCGGCUUUGCCUGCAUGCUUGGGCAAAGGGUUGCAUGGAAGCCCCUGUUUUUCUUGAAAAUGAAUGUGCUUUGCUGCGAAGCACCUUUGGUUUGCAACAAGUGUUACUACAGUCAGAAGAAGAAUUGCUUGUUACCCGUUCAUCUGAAGUUGGUUGUGAAGGGGCUGUUCCAAAAACGAAGAAAAUGGUUGGGAAGAUGAAGGUCCAAGUUCGUAAGGUCAAAAUGUCAUUGGACGGCCCACCUACAGGAUGCAGUUUUGCAUCUAUAAAAUCACCAAAAGUAAAGUUAGAAACGGUUCGACGUCACCUUGUUAAGUUACAGUCGAAAGUGUCUUCUGGAUGGCAAGCAGUUCGAAGUAUUCAUUUCUCUCCUCGUGUGCCUGAAAAUGGUGGUUCCUUUUCUCGCCAUAGUUUGGCUUACAUGCAAGCAAGUACUCAAUACAUUAAACAAGUUUCUGGCCUUCUCAAAAUUGGGGUCUCUACUCUACGCAGUAGUUCAUCAGGCUAUGAAGUACAAGAAUCAUACUCGUGUCUCCUAAGACUUAAAAGUUCAGCUGAAGGGGAUGUCAUUCGAAUGCAACCUGGUUCUGGUGAAACCCAUAUAUUUUUGCCAGAUAGCCUUGGGGAUGACUUAAUUGUGGAAGUGCAAGACUCCAAGGGGAAUCAUUAUGGUCGUGUCCUGGCCCAAGUGGCCACUAUUUCUGAAGAUCAGAAUGACAAACUAAGAUGGUGGUCUAUAUAUCGAGAACCAGAGCAUGAAGUGGUCGGCAAAAUUCAACUUUAUAUAAAUUACACGACUACCUUAGAUGAGAAUAACCUCAAGUGCGGUUCCAUUGCUGAAACAAUGGCAUAUGAUUUUGCCAUGGAAGUUGCCAUGAAAGAGCAGAACUUUCAGCAAAGAAAUUUACUGUUGCAUGACCCAUGGAAAUGGUUACUCACUGAAUUUGCAUCAUAUUAUGGGGUUUCGGAUGUUUACACCAAGCUAAGAUACCUCUCCUACAUCAUGGAUGUGGCCACUCCAACAAAUGACUGUCUCUCAUUAGUGUAUGACCUACUGUUACCCGUGAUAAUGAAGGGACAUACUAAGAGCACUCUUAGCCACCAAGAGAAUAGAAUAUUGGGUGAAAUUGAAGAGCAGAUUGAACAGAUCUUUGCUGUUGUAUUUGAAAAUUACAAAUCGUUGGAUGAGUUGAUUCCAUCUGGCAUUAUGGAUGUUUUUAAGCCGGCUACUGGGAUUGCAGCACCAGUUUUGGAACCUGCUGUGAAACUGUAUAAACUUCUUCAUGAUAUAUUAUCUCCCGAAGCACAGAAUAAACUAUACAGCUACUUCCAGGCCGCUGCUAAGAAAAGAUCAAGGAGGCACUUGACUGAAACAGAUGAAUAUCUUAGUGGUACUGGGGAGGGAAAUAUGAUGGAUUCUGUUACCGUCUCUACGGCUUACCAAAAAAUGAAAUCCCUCUGUCUAAACAUCAGGAAUGAGAUUUUUACAGAUAUCCAGAUUCAUAAUUGCAAUAUACUUCCAAGUUUCAUCGACCUCCCAAAUCUUUCAUCUGCGAUAUACAGUGCUGAACUUUGCAACAGAUUACGAUCCUUCCUUGUUGCCUUUCCUCCAGCAGGUCCUUCCUGUCCUGUUACAGAGCUUGUAAUUGCAGCCGCGGACUUCCAAAAGGAUCUUGCAAGCUGGAAUAUUACUCCCGUGAAAGGUGGGGUUGAUGCUAAAGAACUGUUUCAUCUUUAUAUCAUCAUUUGGAUUCAAGAUAAGCGCCUUUCAUUACUUGAGACAUGUAGAUUAGACAAGGUUAAAUGGUCUGGAGUCAGGACGCAAAAUUCAACAACCCCAUUUGUGGAUGAAAUGUAUGACCGGCUUAAGGAAACUUUGAAUGAUUAUGAGGUCAUAAUAUGCCGAUGGCCGGAGUAUAUCUUCGCUUUGGAGAAUGCUAUCACAGAUGUUGAAAGGGCGGUAAUUGAAGCUUUGGACAAACAAUUUGCUGAUGUCGUAGCACCUUUGAAAGAGAACCUGGCACCGAAGAAGUUUGGCUUCAAGUAUGUCCAGAAGCUUACAAAAAGAACCCCGAAUCCUUAUGUCGUGCCUCCUGAGCUUGGAAUUCUCCUAAACUCAAUGAAGCGAAUGCUAGACGUUUUGCGUCCCAAGAUUGAGGUUCAACUGAAGUCAUGGGGUUCAUGUUGUCUUCCGAAUGAGGGAAAUACAGCAGCCGGAGAGCGUCUAAGUGAAGUGACUGUCAUGUUAAGAUCAAAGUUCAGAAAUUACCUUCAAUCAGUGGUAGAGAAACUUGUUGAGAAUACAAGGCUGCAAAACAGUACAAAAUUGAAGAAAAUACUCCAGGAUUCAAAAGAAAGCUUAGCAGAAUCAGAGAUCAGAAGCAGAAUGCAACCACUUACCGAGCAGCUUACACACACUGUUAAUCACCUCCAUACCAUCUUUGAGACUCAUGUUUUCAUUGCAAUAUGCCGAGGAUAUUGGGAUCGGAUGGGGCAGGAUGUUUUGAGCUUCCUUGAAAACAGGAAAGAAAAUAAAUCAUUAUACAAAGGCUCAAGAGUUGCUGUAUCUAUUCUGGAUGACACAUUUGCGUCUCAAAUGCAAAAACUGCUUGGACAUGCGCUUCAAGAAAAAGACCUUGAACCGCCACGAUCAAUCAUUGAAGUACGAUCGAUGUUAUGCAAAGACACUGGUACUUCUAGCCACAAGAAGAACAGUUACUUUUAUUAGAAACAAUAACCAUUUCUUGUAGAUAAAGAGAACCGGCGAGGCAUCACAUAUAUGAUCAUCAUUGUUGGCCUUCACUCAUCAAUUGAUGAGUAUCGUCAACAUGCCCAUUUCGGCUACACCAACUUUCUCUUUCUGUCGUUUGAGCCUAUUCAUUUGUUUCUUUUGUAUCUACAUUUAAAUAGUAUAUACAUCUGCACAUCACCCAUUUAACGACAUGUAUUCUUUCGAGCAAAUAUAUUACCUGUGUAUAUACACAGCCUUUUUCGCGUAUGAAA